AUGGAGCUAUUUGCAUCAAAGGUGUAUACAUGGGCAGUGUUUAAAGAAGUAAAGAAACAAAUUAAGGGCGUGGCGACAUUAUUGUUUUGGGGCAGGGACAGCAUUAGCACAACAUGUGUGUACAGGUUUUCUAGGAUGGAAAAACCGGACAAAACACACAAGGUGUUGUAUGAUUCGAACGAGGAAAAAAUUAAGUGUGAGUGUUCAAUGUGGAAUAAUGAAGGGAUUCCUUGUUCUCGUAUCUUCUGUAUAAUGAAGUACGAGGGAUUGGAAAGAAUACCUCAUGAUCUUGUUUUGAGCAGGUGGUGCAAGGAUGCAAAGGAUUGCAUAUCAAAACCGUUGGAAGUUGCAAAAGGGCAUCAUGGACGGCUGCUUAGACAUGGUGCCCUUUGUGGGGCGACGAGUUUGGUUGCCAAACUUGGGUCGGAAGAUGCUGCAGAUUUUGUUAUUGCAAGGGACGGCCUUGCUAACCUCGCUAAAGCGCUUCAGCGCAGAGUGUAUGACAGGGUUGGAAGCCAGCUUGGCCUAUUAUCGCAGGACGGGAUCAAGGACCCAGAGGUGUCGAAGACAAAGGGAGCUCCAAAGAAGGGCAAGGAACCUGAACCUGGUAGUCAGGGUGAGGAUCGGAGUAAGCGGAGAUGCUGCACAGACUGUGGUGCUCCUUAG